GCCUGCGCACUGGGGAAGCCUUCCUGGUGCCGUUAGGAAGCCAGAAGGAAAAUGGCAGCGGGGGAGAGGGAGUUUGGCGGGGUUCUGUGUCUCUUUGAUGUGGAUGGCACCCUCACUCAAGCUCGGCAGAAAAUCACCCUGGACAUGGAUGAGUUUAUACAACGUUUAAGGAAAAAGGUGAAAGUUGGAGUUGUGGGCGGUUCUGAUUUCGAUAAAAUUAAAGAGCAGCUAGGAGACGAGGUUGUUUCAAAAGUUGAUUAUGUGUUUGCUGAAAAUGGCUUAGUUGCAUAUAAAGAGGGCAAGUUUUUGGCUAAACAGAGCAUCCAGAGCUAUGUUGGUGAGGAAAUACUUCAGGACCUGAUCAACUACUCUCUAAAUUAUAUGGCCAAGAUUAAGCUGCCUAAAAAAAGGGGCACUUUUAUUGAGUUCCGUAAUGGAAUGCUAAACAUCAGUCCAAUCGGUAGGAAUUGCAGCCAAGAAGAACGUAUUGAAUUCUUUGAACUUGACAAAAAAGAAGAGAUCAGAGAAAAAUUUGUGGCUGAUUUACGAAGAGAAUUUGCAGGGAAGGGCCUCACUUUUUCUAUAGGUGGACAGAUCAGCUUUGAUGUGUUUCCAGAUGGGUGGGAUAAACGAUACUGCCUGGGAAUCCUUGAGAGUGACAAUUACAAGACCAUCCAUUUCUUUGGUGAUAAAACCUCACCAGGUGGGAAUGACUAUGAAAUAUACAGUGAUGCAAGAACUAUAGGUCAUUCUGUGACAUCUCCAGAGGACACUAGGAGAAUUUGUGAUGAAUUAUUUUUCCACUGAGGGAUCAGUCUUCAUCAUGAAGUUGUGGAUGUUUUCCAAGUUCACAUCAUCUAAAUGAAGAAAUAUACUUGAAUUAAAUCUAACUUUUCUCAGCUUAUUAUGACCAUUUCCACAAAAAUCCUGAAACUAUUUUUAUUACAUCGGGAGCAACUUUUUUUUUUAAAUAACCUCUAAUUUUUUAGUGGAGUAUUAGCUAACUAUUGGGCAAGCUAUGGGUGUGGUCCCUAAAAUUAAAAUUAAAGGCAAAAUCUCAAGUAGAAAUUAAGCAACAGAUAAUUUGACUAAUAAAUGGGAGCUAAAGAUGCAGCCAAUUAAUGAUCCUCUUAAUUGCACUUCUUACCUCAUAACAUGUAGAAUAUUUAGACCUGAUGUGAAAGGAUGAAUUUAUUAGGCAAAUAUAGUGUAUAUACUUGAAUAGGCUAUAGUCAUUUACUGUGGCAUUCCUUCCAUUGAUUUUUUUUAACCAAAAAAACCUGGUUAGCAAAAUUGAAAAUCAGGAAACUCAGUUAAGUACUUCCUCAAACUUAACAGCAGGAAUUAUAUUAUCACUUGAACCUUAAUUCCUUAACAUGGAAUUUUUGGGCCAAAUCUUCUGGUCUCCAGAUCGUUGGAUACUGGAUAUAUGACCGAAGAUGCAUUUUAGGACCCUGUGGAAGAUCUUAUGCGCUGAUCCACAUGGGAAUUGCCCAGAAAGUUUCAGCAUCCGAUGGGCAAUUCCCCAGCUUCCUGAGACCCUCUGCGAAUGCCUCUGACUCUGAAUUAGAUGUGGAGACUUGGGACAGAUCCACAAUAGUUACCUAGGAAAUGUUAGACACAUAUUAGGCCAGGUUUUAAUUUGGGUAACUGCACCACUGACCCCACAAUCAACCACAACCCCCACUCCCCACGCCACUGACCCAACCACCCUCCUUGCAACCAUCUCCCCAACUACCCACCUCACGCAACCAUCCACUUACCUAUUUUACCCCUCUACCUGCCCCCACCUACCUAUUCAUCCUCUCACUCAUCCAUUCACUAACAUUCAAAGACUGGACCUUUAAACUUACCAUCCAGCAGCUGUAAAAAGGAGGGACGUCCUAUCUUUCCUUGAUUCUACUCUGUUCUGACGGAGUUCCCGGAGAGACACAGCGUUGCGCAUUUCUGUGGAAGUUGGGAUUGGAAGACUCAGGGAGAAACACACUGCAGCAUCGAGUCAGGGGAAUUUUCGAUCUCAACGGCAAUCCAACGAUCAUUACCACUGCUCAGAAGAUCCAGCCCUUUAUUACUUAACUUUAGAUUCAAUCAAGACCUUUACUCUGUAUUUUUAAAAUUAUGCUAGUCACUGUGAGGGUUAGAAGGGUGCUGUACUUAGCAACUGAGCUCACAGUAGCAACCCUGCAGUGAUCUUGCUAAUCAUCUCCCAUGGGUUCUCUGACUUCAGAAUAAUGCUCAUACAGUACCAAGCAAUAAUCCACAGAACCAUCUGUUGGAAUGUGUUCUUCAUUUUUAUUUAAAACUACAUUUUACAACAAUUAUACAAUAUUCAUGAUUAUGGGGUCCCCAAAAAUCUAGUUAAGAUCCACUACUGUCUUUGAAUUAAUUAAUUUUCCUAUUUGAAAAUCUGUUUACAUUUACAUCUGUAAGGAUGGCUGUCAAUCAUAUACUACAUGUUACAAUAAUGUUGUUAUUCCUACCUCUAGCCAUAUGCAAUGAGAGAUAUAUUUCGAUACCUAGUUUUAAUAAAGAUAUAUAUAUCAGAGUAAGGGGAAAUAAUUUUAAAUGCUUGUUGUAGCUGUCCUUGUGUUCAUUCAAUUCAAAGAAAGGAACGACAGAAAACUAGAACUCCUGAAUGCAAGACAUAGGCAGACUGCCUUUCCUAAUAUCUCUAAUAAUAAUUUGGUUUCACAUUUUACAUCUUGACUGAAAUAUCUCGAGCAAAGGCUUUGUGUGCAAGUUUGAUUCUGUAUACUGUGACACGUGAUUCUGUGCACUGCAAGGAUAUUGUACUUUUUUUUGCAAACAAAUAAAGCCAUGAUAAAAGCAAUUUCAUGAAAAA